AUGGUGCGAAUGAAUGUGCUGGCCGAUGCUCUACGAAGUAUGAACAAUGCAGAAAAGAGAGGAAAACGGCAAGUGCUCAUCAGACCAGCUUCAAAGGUUAUCGUCCGAUUCUUGACAGUAAUGAUGAAGCACGGUUACAUCGGAGAGUUCGAGAUUGUUGAUGACCAUCGAGCAGGGAAAAUUGUUGUCAACUUGAACGGAAGAAUUAACAAAUGCGCUGUCAUUUCACCACGAUUCGAUGUUCAAUUGAAAGAUCUGGACACGUACACCAACGAUCUCCUCCCAUCCCGACAAUUUGGAUACGUUGUUCUGACAACUUCAGGUGGCAUCAUGGAUCAUGAGGAAGCAAGGAAAAAGCAUUUGGGAGGAAAAAUUCUUGAUAAGAUGACUGCCGAUGCAAACAAAUCGGAGGCGCAAGUAUGUAUGGAUCGAGCGAGAGACGCAUUGAAGGUUGGUGAUGCGGAGAAGGCGAUCCGGAUGUUAAAAAAGGCUAAAAAACUCAACCCUGACCAGGAUAUAACUUUUCUUCUGCGCAAAGCCGAAACGCUGACUUCACAGCAUCAAUCGUCAAGCCAAGAAAAUGAACCUGCAGAUAGGUCAUAUGCUCAUGAUGACCACUACGAGGAUACAGAAUUGCGAAGUCGGCGAGCACGUCACAGCAUGCAUGUUCCAUCGGCUCCAAAUCUUCAAGCAAAUGGAGGAGCAUCGGGCUCGCGAGCCAAGUCUCGAUCAAGAAGUGCUCCAAGGCUUGGAGUUGAAUAUACUCAAAAACAAGUUGACCUUGUAUCCCGUAUUCGUCGCUGCAAGGAUUACUACGAAAUACUGAAUGUUCAAAAGACCGCCAGUGAUGAAGACAUUAAAAAGGAAUACAGAAAAUUAGCUUUGCAACUACAUCCAGAUAAAUGUCAUGCUCCACAUGCAACUGAAGCUUUCAAGGCACUUGGAAAUGCGUAUGCUGUUCUUUCAAACAAAGAUAAGCGAGAUCAAUAUGACACUUAUGGCAGCGCUUCGCCCAGCCCUAGACGUCGUGGGCAUAGCGACUACUUUGAAUAUGAUUACAAUCGCGGUUUUGAAUCCGACUUCUCUGCCGAGGAGAUCUUCAAUAUGUUUUUCGGUGGAGGGUUUCCUGGAGAACAAAUUCAUCGGCGUCGAGCUCAUUUUCAUCAACAGCAACACCGUCAUGAACAUGCGCAUGAACAACAAGCCUACUCUCCACUUUUGCAAUUGUUUCCACUGAUUGCCAUGCUUAUUCUUGGACUCGUCGCUCAAUUUAUGGUGUCUGAACCCGCCUUUUCCCUUCACCAACAAGGGAAGUACAAUAUUCGUCGAGAGACUCCGGAACUUCAUGUGCCCUAUUUCGUCAAAUCCGAUUUCUUGCAGAAUUACAAAAGUCAAUUAAAACGAGUUGAACAACAAGUAGAGGAUGAAUACAUACAACAAUUACGAAUGCAAUGCUACAAGGAACAAAAUCAAAGGGAUACAAUGAUUUAUCGUGCGAGGAUAUAUCAAGACAUCGAUCUGUUGAAACGGGCUGAAAGAAUGACGCUGGAUGCUUGUGAUCGAUUGAAGCAAAUUUAUCAACAC